CUGCGCGGGCGGGCGGGCGGGCGGGCAGCGGCGCCGCGGCCGCGGUCCCCAUCGGCACCAAUCACACCGCACACACGCCCGUCCGCGCCCCUCCUCGGCAGCGCCAGGGGCUCUUCCUCCGCCGAUACAAAGCUGCUCGGGAAAUGGCAGCAGUCAAAAGCAAUUUUCCUUCUUUAUUUUUAUUUUCAUUUUUUAAUUAAUUUUUUUUCGCGCUCUCUUGUGCAAAAGAAUUAAUUUCCUAAAUACAUACAGUAUUUUUUUAAAUUUUUUAAUUUUUUUUUUUUUUGGUGUGUGCGUGCGUGUGUGUGGAAGCACCGGGCUCCUGCGAUCGGUGUCUGAAUGAAACUACGUAAAUGCAUAUGUCUGUACGUUGCACUGGAGGGAAAAACAGAGCACUUCUGCGAGAGCUUGGAUUCAAAUGUGGUUCAUCUGGUCUCCAGGAUUUUCCGUCUCUUUGGGGUUGUUCGCCUUCCCGGGCUGCAAGGCGUUAUUUUCUGAGCUUUGACACAUUUUUGGAGAUGUCUGUUAAACAGAAGUCUGGGAAAAAACAUUUGAAAUAAUAGAAAUAUUUUUUUUUGUCCCUUUCCCAUCCCUUUGGUGACUUGAAGCAUCAAAGCGGCCAGAACUUAACCUUUCUGAAGACUUGUGAUGUUUGGAUUUUAUUGUUGCUAUUUUUCUUUUAGAGGAAACUUGACAGAGGAACAUAUUUAUAGUCCAAGUAAGUACUUUACAGAGGAAAUUUAGUUUGUGUAACUUAACAAAAAAACCCAAAACCUAGUGUUGAGGUUUCUAGCAUAAAGUGUGUUGGAUUAACGUCCAUCCAAGGCUGCUUAACAAAUUGUGUUGAAUUGCAGUUUUUACAGUGUGUGUUCGUCUGCUCCUUCAUGUCCAUGGUAGUCCAGCACCUAGGGGAAAAUGCACCUGAUUUUGAGUCGGUAUAAUAUCUUUUAAGAUGUAUUUCAACACCGAGGAGGAAAUGGUCCUAAAGUAAAUUUAUAAUAAGUAAUAAAUGUGCACCUGGAAGUAAAGUCUUUACAACAUUUAAAUCCUUAUUUAUGACGUGCAUCUCAAACCGAGGAGGAAACUCUGAGAAGACAAAAGUACCUCCGAGACCCUGAGAACUCCCCCACAACAGCGUGAAUGAAACCGUAUCCAAUACAAUAACUGGAUUAUAAUUUUUGGUGUUAUUAAUUUUAUUAUUAUUGGCUGCUUAACUUUUUUGGGUUCAUCCUGCUCCUCUUCUUCCUCUCUCCCUUCCUCUUGCUGCUUCCUCUUGGGAAUUAUGGCUCAUCCGGGGAGAAGAGGCUACGAUAACCGGGAGAUAGUGCUGAAGUACAUCCACUAUAAACUCUCUCAGAGGGGAUACGACUGGGCUGCCGGCGAGGACCCGGCACCCUUGCCUCCAGGUCUCUCUCCUCCUGCUGCUGCUGCGGUUGCUGCUGCUGCUGGGACUUCCUCUGAUCACACUGGGCUGGUGUCUCCGCACCCCGAGCCCCCUGGCUCGGCUGCUGCUAGCCACGCGCCCCCAGCCGAGGGGCAGCGCCCCGCACCCCAGCUCGUCCACCUUGUCCUGCGCCAGGCAGGGGACGAGUUUUCCCGCCGCUACCAGAGGGACUUUGCCCAAAUGUCUGGCCAGCUGCACCUGACGCCCUUCACGGCCAGGAGCCGCUUCGCGGCGGUGGUGGAGGAGCUCUUCCGAGACGGGGUUAACUGGGGCAGAAUUGUGGCCUUCUUCGAGUUUGGCGGUGUGAUGUGUGUGGAGAGCGUCAACCGGGAGAUGUCUCCCCUUGUAGACAGCAUCGCUGCCUGGAUGACUGAGUACCUGAACCGGCACCUGCACAACUGGAUCCAGGACAACGGAGGCUGGGAUGCCUUUGUGGAGUUGUAUGGCAACAGUAUGAGGCCUUUGUUCGAUUUCUCCUGGAUCUCUCUGAAGACUAUCCUGAGUCUGGUUCUGGUGGGAGCUUGCAUCACUCUUGGCGCUUAUCUCGGACAUAAGUAGAGUCACCCAGUUUAUUGUGGAUUACAAAAGUCUUUCAAAACAACAAAAUAAUAUUUUUUUUUCUCUAGCACAAUGAUAUUUUAUGAGCAAAGCAACUUCCCAGCGAAAGAUUAAAUCAGCUAUUACUGCCAAAGGAAAUAUCAUUUAUUUUUACAUUGCCGGAAAAUUAUUUAUUAAAAGAUAUUUACAUUUUUACCUGCUAUUUUCAGAACCUCAGCAAGUUGUAUCUGUCAUCGCAUCGUAUUGUUAUUCUUAAUUUUAAUGAGCCCCAGAGUAUUUUAGGUUUGGUUGGGUUUUUUUUAAUUAAUGUCACUGGCUGGAUUAUUUUAUCUCUGAAGAGCAAAUAUACUGACAAAGACCUACCUGCUUACACUUACGAGGGCAGUUACUUGAGCUGCUAAAGCCUGCAAAAUUGUGUUGAUUCUCCUUGCAUUUUCUGGGAGGGAUCUGAAAGACAAGGUCAGCAUGAACAAAGUUCUCACCCUGUCCUGCUGGCAAGAACUGAUGUAGUAAACAAUUCAACAUGGUACAUAUGUGGAGUCAAGAUGGAGACUUCUUGAAGGACCACUCGGCUAUCCCUACAGGACAACAGUUGGAAAUAUGAUUGUCUAUGCCUUUUAAACAGGUGUUUUCCAGUUAUCAGUUGUGCCAUCCCAUCAUAAUCACAAUACCCACACAAUACAUGUCAACCUUUUUUUUAAUAAGUGUGAAGUUAAAUCUUUGGGGCUUGCAGGAAAUUGCUGUUCCAAUGAUUUUCUCAGCAGUAAAAUGUUUUUUGUGGCUACUGACACAGAAACAUCAGGAGACCUUAAGUGCCUGCUUCAACAGAGCAGAGCUAGAGUCUGAAGACCUGACCUGUGUCCCACUUUAGUGGGCUCAUAUCUGCAACUAAUCCUGCUUACUUACAGAGUUCCUCCAGGGGUUUGAAACCAAUUAGAUAUGGUCUCUAAAUCCCUGAAAGUUGAAAAAGAUCUUAAUUUUAUUUGGCAAGAAGCAGACCUCAGCUAAGUUACAGAUUAGCUCUGACUAUCCUUGUUUAUCAAACUGGACACCAAAAUCAAGUUCGUUUUCAUAACAGGAAAAGAAAGUGAGAUUUAUCAUCCCACCCCUCGCCCUAAAAAAUUAUUUCAUGCCAAUUAUUUCCUAAGACUGUCUGCAGAAGAAAAGAUAAUGAAGAAACUCAAAAUCCUCUUUCUGGACAGAGACUCUCUGACACCUCGAUCAGGCAGGUGCCUACUGUCAUCUCAAGUGAAAAUAGGGUGAAGGAAAAGGGGGAGUGGGAGGUGUGAAGUCAUCUGCUCAUGUUACAAAAUGCAACGCAAGUAAAAUUAAUGCAGAGUACAUAAUACAGUUUUAUAAACAGACCUGUGUUCUGAAACCAGAUGUGUCAAUGCCUUUUAAAGCAGGGCUUUCUGUGAGCUCGAAGGGGGCCGGGAGUCCCCUAGAAACUGAAGACUCUGAAGCGUGUCCCAGGGGCUGUUCUGAAGCAUGGAAAUGUCCAGCUUCAAAUGUUUUAAGUCCUGCGCUUCUAUUUUUUCUAUGAAACUUUUGAAAUCUGGGAUUUUUGGGUAAAUGAACAUCCAGAUAGAAAAGGAAAGAUUGCAAAGCUCUUGAUAAAAUGUACCAUACAGUACAUAAGUGCUCAAAAGGUGAAAAACAUACAGUGAAUAAACUGUAGCUCCAACCUCAAGAUUUCAGUUGAAUAACUUUGUGGCAUUAUAUGCAAAAUAUCUCCUGUAACUCGGGAAUGUAAUAUGUUCAAUGUUAAGGCUGUAGUUGAUGUUGAGUCUUCAAAGCUGCUUUUAUGUUUGGUUGUUUUUUUUAAGAGUUGUACAUCUCAGCAUUUUUACUGCUAUUUAGUCAUGGCACCUACACUUUGUAUGAGCAAAGAUAAGAUGGAGCAAGCUUACAUUUCAAAUUUGAAAUUACUUAAUUUUAUAGAAACUUAGAAAGGAAAUAUUUUUAAGAACGCAAAAAUGUGAACUAUGCUUGAUUAAAGAAAAAGGAAAAAUCCCACCAUCAAACAAAAAGUACCUGCAAUGCUUUCAGAGUGCUUCUGUCAGAAGUGGGGAUGCUCAUAUACGAUUUGUAUGAAAAAUAUUUGAAAUCAGAGGAACUGAAUAUUGUGAAUUGAGUGUGGGCUUUGUUUUUUCUUUCAGCUUCCAAGCUGAAUUUGUCUGCAGCCAAUUGCACAACUGGAAUUGGCUGGUAUCAAGCUAAUGUUUCAUUUCACAAUCUAGUCUUUGUUUCAAUUUGUGCCCAUCUGCCCAUUAAAGUUUAUUAACUAUUAGACCUCAAAUUGUUUCAAUAUUGUUUAUUUUAUUAAAGGUUUACAUUGUCAAAAGUAGUAAAAGUAUCAAUUCCAGUGCUGCUAUACUGCCAGGAUAAUUUGAAUGGGUUUUAGUUUUUAAUACCUUCCAAUGGCUGAAGUUUUUUUAAAGCUGCUUUAGAAAUAAUAUGAAGAUGACACAUGAUACACAUUUAAAUAAGUACUGACGAUUUUGUGUUCUGUUGUGUCUACUCACUGGACUUCCCAGUGUAUCAGUUAAUACCUGGCAAAAAGAAGAGUCAUGAUGACUGUUGAUUUUAUUUUAUUAAAGAGCCAAUGGAGUUUUCCCAUCCUGACUGCAGAAUAGUACAGUAUUGUGGCUGCAUUAGGUAUAAUGAUAGUUGAUAAUACAUUUAUUAAGAAACAUAUUAGAAACAUUGAAUGUAUAUAAAAGCUUGAACUUCUUAAAUAAAAUCCUCUCCUUUCACUCUUGCAUUUCUUUUGCAAUCAUUCUUGUCUUUCCUACUCUUCAUUACACUCUCAUGUAAGAUUUUUUUCCCCACAAAAUGCCUUAUAGACCUCCACACUCAAAGACUACACUUCAGUCCACUCCUGGCAUAUCCAAAUUGUAAAAGCAAAAAAAAAAAAAAGGUCAAGAAGUGGAGGGAAACAGAUCACUGAAAAACCUUCUUGGUUAAACAUGAUUCUACCUGGCAUUUGUUUAUCUCUUAUCCUUUCCAUUGAAAAAGGAUGAUAUAAGGGCAGAGAAAAAGCUUACAGAGACCCCACAGUUCUCUGCAGAACUUUGUUAAUGCUGAAGGCAGUCUUUUGCAAAACAGCAAAUCUCUAGGCAUUGAGGAGAAAUACUUGAUUUUGCUGUAUUCAGCUUAUGUGUCCUUAAUUCUUUUUCACUCCAUUUAUUAAGAAAAUAUUGAAGAAAAAUAUUUUGCUUCUGAAAAGAAUAAUCUAUGAGAUCAUCUAAGAUCUGUUGUAGAUCAGUAACUUAGGAAAAGAUGGAAAAACAAGAAAAAAAAUUCUGGUAGCAAAGCAUUCUUAAACCAGAGCUGACACAGAGUACAUUUCUUAAUGGAACAAGCACUGGAUCCACCAAAGGACUAAUGGGGUUGUCGAGGUAACAGAGAAUAUACAGAUAAGGAAGGGGGCUGGAAGAUAUGGCGAAUGUCAUUAUUAUGUAAGAAAAUCUGUAGUUUCAUGUGUUGCAGGAGUUCACCCAAGACGGUCUGAAAAUUACUUUUGACUAAAAGCAGCUACAAAUGUGUGCACUACGUGGCUACAAUUACUAAAAAUUUUCAGUUACAAAAUUAUUUGUAAAUUAUUAUAAAAUUAUCCAGUCUAUAAAAGUUCAUCAAUCUGCUGUUGUGAUUGGGGAUUAUGUAGCCUUAGUAGGUUUGCACUAAUAAGGAACAAUUAUGAAGAAAUGUCUGAAACCUAAUGUGCAAAGGCAACAUGAAGGUGAUGCAGUUCAAAGAACACAGAUCCAGUACCCCCAGUCCUUGCAUGCACACAGUCUCCCCAGCUGAGGCAGUGAGUCUGGACUGCAUGCUUUGACCCUGAGGCACGACUCUGCUUAGCUGUGCACCUGCACUCCACAAACCUAGAGGUCCUAUUGAUUAAAAGUAUACUAAAGUAGCAUGUUUAAAGCCUUUCUUAUUUUUCCUGUCUCUAUCUCUGAAUAAACUAGGAAAAUGAUUCAUUUGUAUAAUGAGUUUAAGGCUCAGUACUAUAUGAAAAUUUACACAUCUUUUAAUUUAUGAAUAUAAAAAUUAUUUUUCAUUGCAAAAGCCUAGCUUUGUUUUUCAUUCCUAUCUCUCUUUCCAACAAAGCUAAAUACAAGGAAGACAAAAGAGCUAAUUUAAUCUGUAUUUGGUUUAAAUCACACUUCUAUACUAAGUUAAUGCAGCUUCAAGACACAACGAAAUUAUCUUCAAAAAGUAGUACAGCAUUAAGAGUUCCACACAAAACCUGUAUAUUUUUAUAAUUUAAAUAGCGUAUUUUUUCUUUUUUUUUCUGCAUAUUUGAAUUUUAAUUAUCACCAGCAUAAAUGUACAUAAGCAGAUAUUGUUUAUCCAGUAUCUUUGGAGAUGUAUGUAUGGUAAUGUAGUUUGUCAGUUUAUCAUCAUUCAAUAUGAUUAUGUUGUUCUUUGUCUUUCAAAUGUUAUCAGAACAUGCUGCCAUUAAACUUUCUAUGUCUGUCUAGUUUAUAUUGUGAAAUAUAAUAAAAGCACACUGUGAGAUACUUGUUUUGCA